AUGACGGUAUGUAGCGAAGCCACGAACCUCCUUAAUGAAAGACCGAUUGGAACUCUCCCGACCGCUGAUUCCGAAUUAAAUAUCCUUACUCCCAACAGCGUGCUACUGGGCAGAGCAACGGCGAAGAAUCCUGGUGGAUGGCAGCCUAACGGUAAUAAUUCAGGAAAGCAUUAUCAUGUUGUCCAGAUCGUGACAGACGAGUUCUGGAAGAAAUGGACGGAGUUAUACGCCCCAGCCUUGGUUAUUCAUCGCAAGUGGAAUACAGCCAACCGUAACCUGCGCCCAGGAGAUGUUGUAAUAAUCGCCGACCGUAAUACCUUGCGAGGAGAUUACCGUUUAGGUAUAGUACAAGAAGUGUUUCCCAGUCAAGUAGGGACACGCACAUUAUGCCGGAAUUUAUUUUAGAAUAAUAGGGGAUUUUUUGAAACCGGAAAUAAUAGGCAAAGAGGGAAUAAUAGGCCGAACGUUUCGGUAUGACGUCAUCGUGCCAACGUAAAUUCCGUAAUUAGCACAUGCGCCUUUCGCCCACGGGCCAGCGACGCGGUGUGCACCACUGGUGUGCGCGUGUUUACCGUCUCUGAAUACGUCGUGUACGUAGAAUUUUUGGACUAAUAGCGUCGUGCAUUAUUUGUUUCUUUUUUACAAAUUUCAAAUAAAAUUGAAAUUAAAAUCUUGACGAAAUUUCUCGCUCCACACCAUUAUAUAUUAAUAAAGUUCUUAUUUUCUCCUGGCCUUGGUUCGACUUGAUGUAGAAUAAUUUUGGGAAUAAUAGGGGAAAAUUUUAAGAAUAGUAGGAUAAAGUCAAGGGAAUUAAGGAAUAGAAUAAUGGGCAAAUUUUCGAGCAUAAUGUGCGUGUCCUUACAGUCAAGACGGAAAAGUUCGUCGAGUAAAUGUCAUGUACAAGAAUUUUCAAAUUGGAGAAAAGGUACAGAAAUGCAAAGGACAUAACGAGGCUGUCAUUGUGUCACGAAGUGCUCAGCGAUUAUCGUUAUUGGUACCAGUGGAUAUGGAUCAAGACCAGGAAACCAAGUCGAAAGCAAAAGAGUGUAUGAACGGACAAGUGACAUUAUAUAGUAUUGAGUGA